AUGCUUUCAAAACAGGAUUAUGAACACUCUAUAAAGAUUUUAUUAUCAGGAGAUUCUGGUAAAAGUAGUUUUUUAAAUAGAGCUAUUGAUGAUAUAUAUUUUGAAAAUAAUGUUUAUCAGUGUGCACCCUCUUUAAAAUUUUUUAAUGAUCCAAAUAGUUCUAGAGAGAAUAAAUAUUAUUAUAAAAAUUUAAUAUACAAACUUUGUUUUAUUUAUAGAUAUGAAUAUUUUCAAGAUAGAUUUCGUUCAAUAGGUAAUAACCCCUAUAGAGGUGCAAGAUUUAAUUUUAUUUUAUUUAAUGUAUGUGAUCAAGAAUCAUUUGAUAAUGUCCCUAAAUAUUAUUUUGAGGCAGAAAGGUAUGGAAAAGAAGAUAUUCAUAUUAUUUUAAUUGGUGUUGGAAUUGAUGAUAUUGAAAAUAGAAUUAUUGAUUAUGAAGUUGCUUUAGAUUUAGCAAAUUCUAAUAAUACUCCAUAUUUUGAAGUAAAUAAUAAAUCGCCAUCACCACUUGAAAAAGAAAUUUAUCAAAGAAUAAUUGAAACUGCAAUCGGAAAAGUUCAUGAUGAAUUAAAUAUUCAACCUCCACCAUCAUCAAAACCAUCAACUCCAAUAACAACAACAACCAAAACUAAAGGUAUUUCAGGUUUUUUAAAAAAGAAAUAA